CAUGCACUGGUACCAAGACAGUCAGUCAGUUCACAGAUUUAGAAGUAGGCUAUUAAUGGCAGGGAAAGGACAACGCCUCUAGAUGUGUUUAGCAAACUGGCUGUUUUCCGGGAUUCAACCAGACCGCAGCUGGCUGUUUGUCACAACAAAGAUGGAGGAGAAAGCUAGCUAGCUAGCACUGUACAUCCGCCGAGGACCUUAGUUAAAACACAAUUGACCCGUUUUUUUUUCUUCUGAUUGUGUUUUUUUAUAUCGUGAUUUCAAGAUGGAUACUUUUGUAUUUCCCGAAGAUGUCGUUGAAAAAAAGGUUUCCAUCGUUGGAUCGGAACUCGUGGAGAAUUACACUGUACGUUCAUGUAGCUAGCGUUAGCAAUCUAGUUAGCUAGCUAGUAAGUACUUGUAGUUUCUUGUUUUAAUGUCACGUAGAAGCAAAUAUAUAACGUAGCAAGCAAUCACAGUAACGUAGCUAUAUAGCUAAAUUAAUCCCAAGCUUUAUAACUGCAUGCGUGCUACAAUUUUAAAAGCCUGAUGCUUAUUGACAUGUAUGUAUACAUAUUAAAAUUGCAUGACCAUGGUUUUCAAGCUACGUAAUGUCUCUUGAAGGUAGCUAGCUAGCUAUAGCUACCAAGCUAAUUGAGCAUUUAUCGUGAAACACAGCAACAUUUUCAUACAGACAGUCAACUAGCUCACUAUGAAAUGUUCUUAGUAAGCUGUUAGAAGCUAACUAGUUAACUGUGCUGUCACGAUGGAUCCUGAGAUGUUUGUAAAAUUAUUUAGCUAGUUAGCUAUUUCGCUAGGUAUCACAAAGUUCACGCUAGCUAGCUACACUGUCAGUCAAUCAGGACAACUGACUGUCACUGAUGCAUUCCCUCUCAGCUGACUUGUGCUAGUUUCUGGGGCCUAGAGUAUCUCGGUAAAGAAAGCUCAUUCCAUUCCUAAUGUUUCAUGCUGUGUUUAACAGGUGAUAUCCACAUCACAAGUUAGCUAAUAAUAGUCCUUGUUGUUCUUCUCCCAGUAGUUUGUGGGGUAAUAUUCAAUACACAGAGAAAACAUAAACCACUGUCAUUGACCCUGUGUCUAACAUUAUCGUCUAGGAAAAAACAUGACCAAAUUCUAAUAUUAAUAUGUAUUUAUUCUCCAGGUGUACAUAAUUGAGGUGACAGUCGGGGAUCACAAAUGGACCAUCAAGCAUCGCUACAGUGAUUUCCAUGACUUGCAUGAGAAAGUAAGUGACUUGAAAAAAUGCAUAAUGUAAUGUUGUGAACCAUGAACACGUUGUAAAAUGUAGAUACUAGCUAACAGACUGCCAUGUAACAGAUAUGUAAUAACAGUCAUAUUCUUCUAGUUCAGUUUACACACCUGAUACUAUUUAUUGUGACCUUUUAUUGUGAGAUUCAUACAAAUAUUUUCACCCCAAGCUGACAGCUGAGAAGAAGAUAGAGAAACAUUUACUGCCGCCUAAGAAGAUGAUCGGUAAAAACUCAAAAAGCCUGGUAGAGAAACGUCAGAAGGAACUGGAAGUCUACCUACAAACACUGCUGGUCAGAUUCCCUACAGCUGCCCCUAACGUUCUCUCCUGCUUUCUGCACUUCCACCAAUAUGUAAGGACACACACACACACACACACACACACACACACACACACAUGUUGGUCUCGUAAUAUGUCAGAUUUGUUUUUCACUUGUGUGUGCACUUUGGUCCCCCCGUGCACAGGUCAGAUCAGGCCUGUGUAAUCUCAUGAGAUAGUCAUAGCAAUAGUGUGGUGGUUAAAUAUUAUCAAGGGUUGUUUUGAAUCUUGUCACAGCAAAACAUCAGGCAGGAAGUGGUUUAGCUGUUGUCAGAGUUUUAAUGAUGAUUUCCUGAAUUUAUAAAGUGAUUUAAUUAGGCUAUUUAGUUCUUCAGAUGUUUUGCAGGUCAGUGAGUUAGUGUUAAUGUCUUAGUUCUACAGAUUAUCAAAGAUGGAUAGCACUAUCCUUAUUACAACAACAAAUCAUUUGAGAUCACGUGAUGACAGAGGGACACACUGAUUUCAUUUGUUACUACCACAAGACUUGUGGUGCUUGUCAAUUUGAAAGCCAUGACAGACAUGUGACCAGAAUAAAUGACAUGAACAUAGAAACUUCUCUCCUAGUUCUUCUUCUUCUUCUUCUUCUUCUUCUUCUUCUUCUUCUUCUUCUUCUUCUUCUUCUUCUUCUUCUAAUGUUUGUCUUUUCCUCCAGGAAAUGAAUGGAAUCACAGCCGCUCUGGCAGAGGAGCUGUUCCACAAGGGUUGGUUCAUUUGUUCACCAGCUACCGAUAGAUUCAUUAUGUAGACAAUAAUACUCAUAAUAGACUCACUGUGUAGAAAGGAGUAGGAGAAUAAUAAUACAAUUUACACAUACAGGAAUAGGAAAGAAUAGAAUAAACGUUAUUUUCAGAUGUGUCUUUCAGAUAAGACCCUUGUACAAUAAAUACAUGACACCAGCAGUAGUGACAAUGUUGAUAUUAUAAUGUGCUGUUGGUCUAUUGUUUUGUAUCCUGACUGGCUGCACUACCCUGACUGGCUGCACUACCCUGACUGGCUGCACUACCCUGACUGGCUGCACUACUCUGACUGGCUGCACUACCCUGACUGGCUGCACUACCCUGACUGACUGCACUACCCUGACUGGCUGCAUUACCCUGACUGGCUGCAUUACCCUGACUGGCUGCAUUACCCUGACUGGCUGCAUUACCCUGACUGGCUGCACUACCCUGACUGGCUGCAUUACCCUGACUGGCUGCACUACCCUGACUGGCUGCAUUACCCUGACUGGCUGCAUUACCCUGACUGGCUGCAUUACCCUGACUGGCUGCAUUACCCUGACUGGCUGCACUACCCUGCCUGGCUGCAUUACCCUGACUGGCUGCACUACCCUGACUGGCUGCAUUACCCUGACUGGCUGCAUUACCCUGACUGGCUGCACUACCCUGACUGACUGCACUACCCUGACUGGCUGCACUACCCUGACUGACUGCACUACCCUGACUGGCUGCAUUACCCUGACUGGCUGCACUACCCUGACUGGCUGCAUUACCCUGACUGGCUGCACUACCCUGACUGACUGCACUACCCUGACUGGCUGCAUUACCCUGACUGGCUGCACUACCCUGACUGGCUGCAUUACCCUGACUGGCUGCACUACCCUGACUGGCUGCACUACCCUGACUGUCUGCACUACAAAUGUCCGAACAGGAACAAUUUAAAGAUAUUGAUUGAUAUCUCCCCAUGCAGGAGAGCAGAUGCUGGUGGCUGGUGAGGUGUUCACGUUGUGUCCCCUUCAGCUUUAUGCCAUCACUCAGCAGCUGAAGCUGGCCAAGCCUACCUGCUUUAAUGGUGACGCCAAGGCAGAUCUGGGACACAUCCUGGACUUCACGUGCAGACUCAAAUACCUCAAGGUGAUCUCUCUCUCUCUCUCUCUCUCUCUCUCUUCUCUCUCUCUCUCUCUCUGUCUCUGUCUCUGUCUCUGUCUCUCUCUCUCUGUCUCUCUCCCCCCCCUCUGGCCUGCUCUUUCUUCUCUCUCUCUCUCUCUCUUCUCUCUCUCUCUCUCUCUCUCUCUCUCUCUCUCUCUCUCCCCCUCUCUGGCCUGCUCUCUUUCUCUCUCUCUCUCUCAACAUCUCUGAACCUGUAGCUAAUAUGAUUUCAUCUAUGUACAGGCGCGCUUAUAAAAGCACUAGGGGUUUAGCCAUGUCUUGUUUGGUCUCUACUCUUCUCCCAGAUCACAGGCACCAGAGGAGAGGUGGGGACCAGUAACAUCCAGGAAGACAGCCUCACCUUUGACCUUUCGGUCUUUAAAUCUCUCCUACAGAUAGAGGUAUGUUCUAGCAAUAGGUGAUAGUCCAAGGGCCACCCACCAAAAAUGAAACUGCAACAUUUCAACAACAUUAUGUAGAUAAUGUUAUGAAGAAUAACUGUCUGAUUCAAAACUUGUAGAAGUUGCACAUUAACUUUAAAAAAAAUCUUUAAUCAAAGUUACGCUAUUUAGCAUCAAAUCUUAACCAGGUGCAGAGGAUUUCUCAGUUAAUAGAAGACGUUUGGCAGAUGUAUUUAAUCUACAGGGCCAUUAUUACUUUUGCCUGCUAGCCAAACUAAAGACAGAACAACAUUUGCUAGCGAACACAGCUCUCAAAACAUUGAAGGUCCCGACAGAUACAUAAAGCUCUGUUCUGGCAUCUUAGAAAAAUUGAUUUUGCACGUUUCAACAGCUUCUUAUCGUAUUAUUUCAGGAUUCCUUCGGUUCGGUACAUACGUUGCUUUCUGCACUAUGAUUUAAAAAUCGUACCUUUUGAUUUAUACUUUUUUAUUAAUGUGCAACUUUUACAAGUUGUAGAUCACACAUUCUUCCACUUAAUAACAUUAUCUACCAAAUUAUGUCAACGAUUUGCAGAUACAUUUCCUGGGUCAUGAAACGCCUUUUUUGGUGGGUGGCCCUUGGACUAUAAUGGUUAGCCUGAUCUCAGAUCUGUGCUGUCUUGCCAUCUCUUAUUGUCAUUAUUACUAAGACUGCACCAACAGAUCUGGGACCAGGCUAGGUAAUGUUAAGAUAGUACUUUAUUAAUCCCCAAGAGGAGAAAUUUGAUUGCACCAGCCAAUACAUCCAUUACCAAUAAAUAGACCAUGAAAACAAAACAAGGACACACAGACACUAAAAGCAGCAUAUCAUCAGCUGAGAUAGAACUAAGUAUUGGUGAUAAAAAGCCUCAGCAUAUGGUAAAAAGGAUCUGCAUAUGGUAAAAAGGAUCUGCAUAUGGUAAAAAGGAUCUGCAUAUGGUAAAAAGGAUCUGCAUAUGGUAAAAAGGAUCUGGAUAUGGUAAAAAGGAUCUGCGGAAACAUUCUGUUUUGGAACCGGGUAAUAGUUUAUUAAUACUUAGUAAUGAACAUUAUUCUAAAGUGUUACCAUUUAGUCAUGUUAGCAUAGGAAGGCCUAUUGAUAAUUAAAGCAUCACUUGUUCUCUGUUUUUCUACAUUAAUUAAAAAAUAAUAAUUCUUCCAGAUAAGUGACUGUAACUCGUCCAAGAUCAUGGGGCUGCCUUCUCUGAAACCCUGUCUAGUCACUCUGAGUGUCCACCACUCUGCAGCAUCCAUGAUGGUAACACGUCCAUUUUACUCAUAGUUGAUUAGUGUCCGUGUGUCUGUCCUGUCUGUCCUGUCUGUCUAUCUGCGUGCCUGUGUCUGUCCUGUCUGUUCUGACUGUCUAUCUGCGUGCCUGUGUCUGUCCUGUCUGUUCUGUCUGUCUAUCUGCGUGCCUGUGUCUCUCCUGUCUGUUCUGACUGUCUAUCUGCGUGCCUGUGUCUGUCCUGUCUGUUCUGACUGUCUAUCUGCGUGCCUGUGUCUGUCCUGUCUGUUCUGACUGUCUAUCUGCGUGCCUGUGUCUGUCCUGUCUGUUCUGACUGUCUAUCUGCGUGCCUGUGUCUGUUCUGACUGUCUAUCUGCGUGCCUGUGUCUCUCCUGUCUGUUCUGACUGUCUAUCUGCGUGCCUGUGUCUGUCCUGUCUGUUCUGACUGUCUAUCUGCGUGCCUGUGUCUGUCCUGUCUGUUCUGUCUAUCUGCGUGCCUGUGUCUGUCCUGUCUGUUCUGACUGUCUAUCUGCGUGCCUGUGUCUGUUCUGACUGUCUAUCUGCGUGCCUGUGUCUCUCCUGUCUGUUCUGACUGUCUAUCUGCGUGCCUGUGUCUGUCCUGUCUGUUCUGACUGUCUAUCUGCGUGCCUGUGUCUGUCCUGUCUGUUCUGUCUAUCUGCGUGCCCUGUGUCUGUCCUGUCUGUUCUGACUGUCUAUCUGCGUGCCUGUGUCUGUUCUGACUGUCUAUCUGCGUGCCUGUGUCUGUCCUGUCUGUUCUGACUGUCUAUCUGCGUGCCUGUGUCUCUCCUGUCUGUUCUGACUGUCUAUCUGCGUGCCUGUGUCUGUCCUGUCUGUUCUGACUGUCUAUCUGCGUGCCUGUGUCUGUCCUGUCUGUCUAUCUGCGUGCCUGUGUCUGUCCUGUCUGUUCUGACUGUCUAUCUGCGUGCCUGUGUCUGUCCUGUCUGUUCUGUCUAUCUGCGUGCCUGUGUCUGUUCUGUCUGUCCUGUCUGUCUAUCUGCGUGCCUGUGUCUGUCCUGUCUGUUCUGACUGUCUAUCUGCGUGCCUGUGUCUGUCCUGUCUGUCCUGUCUGUCUAUCUGCGUGCCUGUGUCUGUCCUGUCUGUUCUGUCUAUCUGCGUGCCUGUGUCUGUCCUGUCUGUUCUGUCUAUCUGCGUGCCUGUGUCUGUCCUGUCUGUUCUGUCUGUUCUGACUGUCUAUCUGCGUGCCUGUGUCUGUCCUGUCUGUUCUGUCUGUUCUGACUGUCUAUCUGCGUGCCUGUGUCUGUCCUGUCUGUUCUGACUGUCUAUCUGCGUGCCUGUGUCUGUCCUGUCUGUUCUGUGCGUGUGUGUGUGUGUGUGUGGUUGGUAAAUCUGUAUUGAUUCCUACCUUUGUUGUGUAGGAUGUGCUGGUUCCUGAGGCAUGCGAGUCCCCUCAGUGGGUUGCAGAGGGAGCGACUACAGACUGUCCCGUCACCACCAUCAUCCCUACCUGGAAGACUCUCACCACCCUGGACAUGAGCCACAACCACAUAGGCUGCAUAGACAACUCAGUGGUGAGAGAUACUCUACACUGCUAUAACCUAGCCUGCGAUACACUGCUAUAACCUAGCCUGAGAUACACUGCUAUAACCUAGCCUUAAACUAGCCUGAGAUACACUGCUAUAACCUAGCCUGCGAUACACUGCUAUAACCUAGCCUGAGAUACACUGCUAUAACCUAGCCUGAGAUACACUGCUAUAACCUAGCCUGCGAUACACUGCCAAAACCUAGCCUGAGAUACACUGCUAUAACCUAGCCUGCGAUACACUGCUAUAAACUAGCCUGAGAUACACUGCUAUAACCUAGCCUGCGAUACACUGCUAUAACCUAGCCUGAGAUACACUGCUAUAACCUAGCCUGAGAUACACUGCUAUAACCUAGCCUGAGAUACACUGCUAUAACCUAGCCUGCGAUACACUGCUAUAACCUAGCCUGCGAUACACUGCUAUAAACUAGCCUGAGAUACACUGCUAUAACCUAGCCAGAGAUACACUGCUAUAACCUAGCCUUAAACUAGCCUGAGAUACACUGCUAUAAACUAGCCUGCGAUACACUGCUAUAACCUAGCCUGAGAUACACUGCUAUAACCUAGCCUGCGAUACACUGCUAUAACCUAGCCUGCGAUACACUGCUAUAAACUAGCCUGAGAUACACUGCUAUAAACUAGCCUGAGAUACACUGCUAUAACCUAGCCUUAAACUAGCCUGAGAUACACUGCUAUAACCUAGCCUUAAACUAGCCUGAGAUACACUGCUAUAAACUAGCCUGAGAUACACUGCUAUAAACUAGCCUUAACCUAGCCUGAGAUACACUGCUAUAAACUAGCCUGAGAUACACUGCUAUAACCUAGCCUGCGAUACACUGCUAUAACCUAGCCUGAGAUACACUG